AUGCAGGAGCUGUUCUCUGAGUUCGCACGCGAGGAGUUUCCGGAGCUGGUUUCGCGCUUGGAGUCGUUUGAUGAGCACAUUCUGUCGAUUUCUCUCUCAUGGUUUAUGCAUUGGUUCAUUCACACGCUGCCGAUGAUGACGGUGGUGCGCGUCUGGGAUGUGAUUUUCAUCGAGGGAGACAAGGCGCUGAUGCGUUUAGCGCUGGCUUUGGUUGCGAUCAACCAGGAGAAUCUGAUGAGCGUGGAGGACGACAGUGAUUUAGCGGUGAUGUUUCGUCAAAUCGGGAUGCUGCAGUUUAAUGCAGAUGAACUUAUCAAAACGGCGUAUCCUCCCAAAGGGUUGAUUUUCUCUGGCCGUCGUAUUCUCAAAGUCAACCAUUCUGUACUAAAUAACUUGCGUCAGACAAAGAGAGAGAAAUAUGAUAAGAAAAGCAAGGAUAUUGAGAGCGAUGAUGAAUGA